GGAGGAGAAUGGGAAUCGGAUUUUAUCCAGCUCCUGGAACCUCACUCUAUUCACUCCGAGUUCGUUGGCUCCCAUUCCCCUUGGUCCAAUGGCUAUGCGGAACGGCAUGGCGCUUUGUUGGGUGCGGCUGUGCAGGCGAAUGUUGACGAGAAGCAGCUUACUGGAAGGAGCCACAUGAAGCUGGGACUUUCGUGUGCGUGCCAGGCCAAGAACAGUGUGAUCAGCCGGGGUGGCCACAGUGCGCACUUCUUGGUGUUUGGGCGGCAGGCUGCGUACCCAGAGCUGUUGGAUGAUGAGGUUUGGGCUCGUAAAAGUCUGGGCUUCGCCUUGAGCAUAGAGGGUGAGGCGGCUCGUGCCGCAGAGCUACGUGCAGCUUCGAAGGUCGCCUUGCUGAGAGGAGACGUGCUUGAGAAAAUAAAGAGGGCCCUUCGCAGGGCUCCGGCCGGGGAGAGGUACAAGAAGGACCUGGGCUGUUGGAGGGGACCUGCUGUUGUCCUGAUGGCUGAAGGAGCCAACCUAAAAGGAGCAACCGUGGAGGAUGCCAACCGCCAGGACCUGCGAGAAGAGAGUGCAGAAAUGGACCUCGCCAAGGGAUAUAUCGAUAUGACCCAAGAUGAUCCCCCUCCUCUUGAGGUGGAAGCUCCCUUCUCGGUGGAAGGCCCAGACCUGGCAGCCAAGAGAAGGCUCAACGGAAGCGGGCGAAAGCCGACAGAGGCGCGCCGGAUGAUGGCUGGCCUCAAGUCGGUGAAGAAGAUCUUAAAAGGGCCUCUUGACCCCAAGCAACGACGACGUCUACUACCACAAUGGCGGCCCAAGAAGGGACGAACUACGGAUGAUUCCCCGGCCCAUCCUCCUGGCGUUCCUUCUGAAGAAUGUGCAGAAGAACCAGUACCGGAACGAGUUGUUGCUGACCCAGAACAAGAAGAUUUACCGGAUGGGCCCGAAUGGCAGGAGGAAGCCUCGAACCGGAACCCGCUUGAUGACCUGCCUUUUCAGUUUCGAAAGAGGGCUCGCGAGGACGAGCCGGAAGAUCACGAGGCCAAGCGUGUCCGGACCACCGACUUCGCGAACUACGUGAUGGUGGCCCUGGCGGAGGAGGAGCUGAAAGGAGAAGCUGCGUCAGCCAAUGAGUGGCUGCCCCGUUCUGAGGUGACUCGCCUUGGGGCCUUGCUGGACAUGCCUCUGACCUCUGUUCGUCUACACCGGGCCCCUCGAAAGCGUUUCCAAAGGCCAGGUGGAAGAGGGACCAAGAAACGCGUCACCGUGAUGUUCGGCACUGACCCUGGGCAGGUGAUGGUGGCCCAGGAGACGCUUCAACAAGUUGCCGAGCGUCCGGCCCGACGCUCCCCACACCUCUGGCGUGGCAUUUCGCUCUUCGUGGCCGGCAAAAAGAGCAAGAUCAAGAAGGGCAACUUGCAAGGCUCGCAGCUCUACCUCCGCAAGAUCAACCGUACUUUUGUGGUUCAUACAGAAGACACGGAACUCACCGAAGCCGCCUCCAAGGCCAAGGCCAAUGGAAAGGAGCUGGAUCCCCGCUUCUUUUCCCAAGAGGAACAGAAGGCCUUUGAUGAGGCAGACAAGAAGGAGUGGGAAGGUUGGGUGUGCAACCACGUGGUGGAGGAGAUCAACCCAGAGGAGGCAAAGCGCAUCCCACGAAGCCGUGUUUUUGCUAUUCCGGCCCGUUUGGUUCGGACGAACAAAGUGCAGGCCGGAGAGAAAGGGCUCACAGCGAAAAGCAGAAUAGUGCUGCCGGGACACCUCGAUCCCGACAUGGGGACGAUAAGAACGGAUGCCCCAACCACGCAAAUGUCUGCUGUCCGCCUAGCCGUGGCUAUUGGGCUGAUGUAUGGUUGGGACUUCCUGCUCUUUGAUGUGAGCACUGCUUUUCUCAGCGGGAAGGCAGUAGAUCGAGACCUGUAUGUGCGCCCGCCUCGAGAUCUCAAGUGCGUGAACGCGGCCGUUCUUUGGAAGAUCCUGAAGUCGGCGUACGGCUUGAGUGAGGUUCCCUGGGCCCCAGCAACGUUUGUCAAGAGGCGAGGAACAGACGUGGUGGCAAUCCUCUGCCUCCACGUAGACGACGGCUUCCUCGCGGCAAAGAAGGGGAAGGAGAUCCAGGAGGCCCGGGAAGAAAUCAACAAGUUGUUCUCCAUCAAGGAAUGGCAGGCUGUGAACCACGAGCCCAAGGCCUAUCUCGGGAUGAAGAUAUUUCUUGUUGAUGGAAUUUUCUUCAAUGACAUGAAGGAGUAUGUCUUGGAGAUCCGGCCUCCUGUUUGCGACCCAAAGGCUUCUGAAGAACGAGCCCUAGAACACUCAGAGCUUCGAGAGUUUCGCCGCUUGGAGGCUCAACUUCGGUGGCCAGUGCACCUGGUGAUGCCCGAGUUCCUUUACUCAGUGAGCGCACUGGCCCAGAGGGUCAGCAAGGCCCAAGUGAAGGACCUUCGCCAGGCCCGGGAUACCUUGAAGGAGGUGCAGCAGGCGGCCGCUCGAGGACAAGCCGUCUUGAAGUUUGAAAGGCUGAAAAAGGACGCCCUCCUCGUGAGCUUCUUCGACGCUUCGUUGGGCAAGGCUGCAGACCACACCGCGCAACGAGGAGAAGUCCAUUUCCUGGCCGACUCGGAUGUGCUUCAAGGCCAGGGCAGGGCAUGUAUCUUGGAGUUCCACUCGAACAAGAUCGCCCGAGUGGUGCGGUCUUCCUUGGCAGCUGAAGGAGCAAGCAUGGCGGCAUGCACAGACAGGCUUGUGUAUAACAUGAAGCUCUAUGACGUGCUCAAGAAUGGAAGCCUGGAAGUUUCCCCUACGUGGCGUCGUGAGCUGGGAAGCACCGGCCACAUCGUCACCGAU